UACCGAAAUAUUCAAUUGAAGUUGGCGUCCAUUUUAGACAGUUUUUUGUUAAUUCCUAUAAAAAUUACAACUUAAAAUAUGUAAACAUGGCCAAACGGCCAUUACCGAAGUCAACGAUUAUGACUAUUACUAGUGAUCAUGUCGAUCGUCUAUUUAACAAGUGGACAAAUAUGUUUGAUGAGAAAUACUGUCUGGAAUUGAUGGAUAAAUUGGGAGACCGCGUGAAGAAUUUCUAUUGCGACUUGCUUACAGAAUCAAAUGAGAAAGAGCAGGUAAUUCAGGAAGAUAUUAAUACUCUGCGAGAGGAGGCCUCCGAUAUCCGUCGUCUGCUGCAUAAAAACUUAGAUAUUGGCGAAAAACCGGAGGAAAUGCCGCUUGACGUCUGGCUGCAAACGUUGGACAAAAGCAUUGAGUACUUGCGGGAGGAAUUAUGUAAACGUCGUGCCGAGAUCUGCGGGCUGCUUCUGCAGCAAGAUCAGCUGUGCGAAGAACUAGGUGAGUCUCCGCUAGUACUUAUUGUGGAUCCACUGCCCAGGCCGGAGGAAAUGUCGUCAUUUUGUAAGCACCUCGAGCAGUUGCGCGAAGUGCGCGAGCGCCGAAUGGAAGAACUGUUCCAGCUACAAAAUCAAAUCAAGCAGGACAUGAAGCUACUGUCAAUAAUGCCGAACACAGCUGCAGAGGAGCACUUGCUUAGUCAGGCGAACCAGCAUCUGACUCCUAAUAUCUUGGAGAAGCUUAGACUCAUGCAGAAGGAGUUUGCAGCACAGGUUCAGGAAAUGCGGGAACAGAUCGACGAUAUGCGCGGGAAGAUAUAUGAGCUGUGGGAGCGUCUGCAAGAGUCAGACGAAUAUGUAAUGAAUAGAGUGCGUAAAGCCGAUGAGUAUACACAGUCAACAUUUGAUGUGUUGCGCGAGGAACUGCAGCGGUGCCAGGCGCUGCGUCGUAAGAACCUGAAGACUUUCAUCGAGCAACUGCGUUUAGAGAUCAAGAAGUGGUGGGACUUGACCUUGAAGUCAGAGCAGGAGCGAAAACGUUUUACAAACUUAAAAGAGCAAUGCAGCGAGGAAUUGUUGGAGCUUCAUGAACUCGAGCUGGAUGAUUUGAAAAGCUUUUACAAUAGCAACAAAGAGAUAUUUGAGCUGUUUGCCAGUCGGUCCGAGUUCUGGGUCAGAAUGGAGGCUCUCGAGGCGAAGGCCAACGAUCCUAAUCGGUUUAACAAUCGUGGUGGGCAGCUCCUUAAGGAGGAACGCGAACGGAAGGCAAUUGGAACCAAGUUGCCGAAGAUUGAGCAACAGAUUACAGAAUUAGUUAAAGCAUAUGAAAUACGUAAUCAGUGUCCGUUUCUGGUCCAUGGUGAAAAUAUACUGGAGCGUAUGGAAAAAGAUUGGGUUCGGCUUCGUCAGGGCAAAGAGCAACACAGCACCGUUCGAAAACAGGGAGGUACAGCUUCAACCAACGGCAAGAUCUUGCCACCUGCUUCAGCAGGAUCUACAGGUUCUCAAACUACCUUGACCCUGAGCCAUAUGUCGGCAAUGUCGAGUUCAACGAUGUCGUUGCAGAAGACUCUAUCAAAUUUGCAGUUAUCUACCAUGGUUCGUACCACAGCAAAAACCCCAAGCAGUUUGAAGAAGAGAAAAUUAUCAUCUGGAAAUGAGCACGUAGUGCAGACUCCAAAUGCCAAGCGGAGUCUAAUGAAAUCGAUGAGAGACUUGAAAACAUCACCGGUCGCGCGUAAACCUUUGUCAGGGCAAGUGUCUGUUCAACAGAAAUCGAAGGUAAAAGUCAAGAAGUUUAUUGUAAUGGGAAGCUUGGUAAAGCGCGGCAUGAACCAGAAUGCCAAAAACAAACGUGACAAAUUUCUGAAACCAACCAUUUGUAUAUAUCCUCCGUCCAGUGAUGAUGAGGAUCCUAUUAGACAUUAUUAGAUUGUGAAAUUGUGAUUUAAUCACUACAUUUAGUC